AUGGAUGUGGAUGAAGGUGUAGGUUUGUUGUGGAAGUCAAGAACGCACCAGAUAAAAUCCUUGAUCUCUGACAAUACUGUCAGAAAGUGGGGCCCUGUCCAGUCAGCAAGGUUUGUGCUGGAGGUUCUUUCCAAUGGGAAUUCACUGCACGAGGUUGCUCACAUUGCUAAUGGCUCCCACCCUGGAAACUGCAUAUCUCUGCUUCGUAUCAAUGUGGCCAGCAAUUUCUCCCAGCAUGUUGAGCUGAUGCUGCAGGAGAGCUGCACGGACCAGUCCGGCAGCCUCGUCGUCUUCGCUACCAUCGACGUCGAUUCAAUUCAGUUAGCCAUGAGCGGAGAAGACUCCUCCAGCAUUCCCCUCCUCCCCAUAGGAUUUUCCAUCGUCCCCGUUGUCGAUUCGACUGCCGAUGGACGCCUAGCAUCAUCGCCACCCAAGGACGGUGCUACUAAUGCUGCAGUUGUCAACUCCGGCUGCUUACUUACCGUCGGCCUGCAAGUUCUAGCCAGCACCAUUCCAUCGGCGAAGCUCAACUUGUCUAGUGUAACCGCCAUCAACAACCAGCUCUGUAACACGCUCCACCAAAUUAACGCUGCUCUUGGCUGCAGCUCAACUCAGCUCGAGAAUGCCAAUGCCACUGUCGACCAGAAUACUGCACUGCCGCUGCCGACACAACCGCCACCCAAGCAAUAAGCUCCGAUCGCAUGGUUUGGAAAGAAUGAAGAAGCUGUCAGCUCCCAAUUACCCAAAAUCUCCCUCCCUCAUGCCACCUUGACGUGAAUUCCAAGGGUAAUUUCGGUAACUUGAAAAAAAAAUGCUAGGGCUUUUGAGCGGGAGAUUGUGGAUAAUUGGGAGAGAGAGAGAGAGAGAGAGAGAGAGAGUAAAUUAGUUUUAAAAAGUGUAAUUAAUUAUAAAUAUAGUAAGUAGUAGUUUUUGGAGGGUAAAUAAGAGAGAGAUUAGGGUAAAAAUGUUUGAUGUAUGGAUGUGGAUGAAGGUGUAGGUUUGUUGUGGAAGUCAAGAACGCACCAGAUAAAAUCCUUGAUCUCUGACAAUACUGUCAGAAAGUGGGGCCCUGUCCAGUCAGCAAGGUUUGUGGUUCGGGCAUUGACUUCUUCUGCUUAAUGCUGUGUCUGUCAGACGGCGUCGUUUCGCUUGCUUUUCAAUUCUUAUUUUUGUUAAGAUGAAUCAUUAUGACUCUAAAUUUAAUGCUUUUCGUCAAUUUCCUUUUCUA